AUGGGUUAUAAACGAAAAUUUAGUUUAAAUAUUGAACGUUUUCAAGAAGAAGAAGAAUCAAAAAAUUCAGUUACAUCAACAAUUUUCACUCCAACUAGAAGCAAACAUUUUCGUCGACAACUGAGUGAACAAAUUUACAAAGAAUCUCAACUGACGAAUCAUUUUGAUGAUGAACAAAAAUCACUUUUACUUAUUGAUGGUUUUGAAAAGUUUCCAUAUAAAAUUGCUGAUAUAAGUCUAGCCAAAUCAGGUAGAACAGUCUUGUCAGUAGACGAACAUGAAAUACCAGGUGUUAUGCUACUAAGAAAAAUCUAUGGUCCUGAACAACCAUUGAAAGGUGUUCGUCUAGCUAGAUGUUUACAUUUAACAGCACAAACUGGUGUAAUGAUCGAAACAUUCAUUCGAUUGGGUGCACAAACAAUCUAUUUUCCUGAUGGUCAACCAUUAAAUGCAAUUUUAGAUGAUGGUUGUAAUUUAACAAGAGUUACACAUGAAAAAUAUCCACAUUUGACAAGUAUGAUACAUGGUAUUAGUGAAGAAACAACAGCUGGUAUAACAAAAUUACGUAAAUUAUUGAAAAAUGAUGAAUUAAAAAUACCAUUCAUCAAUGUUAAUGAUAGUGUAACAAAAUCAAAAUUUGAUAAUAACUAUGGAUGUGGUGAAAGUCUUAUUGAUGGAAUAAAACGAGCUACAGAUGUCAUGAUCGGUGGUAAAAUUGUCGUAGUCAUUGGAUAUGGAAAAAUUGGAAAAGGAUGUGCAAAAGCAUUAAGUGGUUAUGGUGCACGCGUUAUUAUUACUGAGAUUGAUCCAAUUUGUGCUUUACAAGCUGUGAUGGAUGGUUAUGAAGUAACAACAAUGACUGAAGCAUGUCGAUAUUUAUCAAGUGGUCGAGCUGUUAUUCUACCUGCUGAUGGACGUGUAGUUAAUCUUUCUUGUGCACAUGGUAAUCCAAGUUUUGUUAUGAGUAAUUCAUUUUCAAAUCAAAUACUAGCACAAAUUGAAUUAUAUGAAAGAAAAGGACAAUAUUCAAUUGAAAUUCAUACUCUUCCAAAAAAUGUAAAUGUUAUUUCAUUGAUUGAAUAA